GAUAAAUGUUGUAUUUUUAACUAAUGUAACCUAUUAUCUAUGAAUAUAACCUUUAAUUUUUGAAUAACGAAUAAGUGGAAUGGUUAAUAAUUAUUUAAGAAAAACGCACUUAAGUUUGCAUUUGUAGAUUAACUGGCGUUUAAAUAAAAAGGAGUGCAGUUUGCAAUAUGAAACUGUUAACUCACAACAUGCUAACCUCAAAAUGCAUGAAAGGGGUCACUGUUGGAUAUCCUUUAAAAAUAAAUGCAUUUGAUGUGAAAGUAUCAGAGGUAGAUUUUAAUCCUGAAUUUGUGUCUCGAAUAAUCCCUAAACUGGAUUGGAAUGUUUUGUACAAUGCAGCAGAAAGUAUUGGGCAGGUUGAAGAUAUGCCUAAAAGCAUAGUUGACGAUUACGAGAACAAUACAGAUUUUCUCAAGAAAGUUCAUAGAGUUUUACUGGAAGUUGAAGUAAUUAAUGGAGAGCUAGUUUGUCCAGAGACAGGAAGAAAAUUUCCUAUUAGUAAUGGGAUUCCAAACAUGCUUUUAAAUGAAGAUGAAGUAUAGAAUUAGUCUAAAUAAGGUUUCUUUUUUAUGAUCCAUAUUGCACAUUAUAUCCAUUACUUUUCUUUCUGUUAUAGUUGUUAAGUUACUAUCAACACUAAAUGAUAAAAUAAAGUAAAGAAGUAGAUGAUAUAAAAAGUUGUUUAUUUAACCCAUAGUUGUAAAAACACUUAUCAAAAGUUACAAAAAAGGUAAAAUACAUAAAUAUCUAAAAUGGACGGAUUGUAGAUAAAAUUAUACAUCUUCAAACUUGGAAAACAAAAAUUAAUAAACACAAA